GCUGCCGGGGGGGGCCGGUGCCGCCAUGAGGGCCGUGCUCUGGGACCUGCUGCUGCUCUGCCUGUUCGCCCGGGCGCGGGGGGACUGCCGGGGGGACUGCCUGCACUGCGACCGCCAGCUCUACCGAGACUCCUUCGACGUCCUCAUCUGCAUCCUGGAGUGCGAGGGCGAGGCCGUGCCGCGGGCCACCUGGGAGCUGUGUGCCGCCGCCAGCCGGGCGUCCCCGCGCGCCCGCGACCUCGCCGCCGAGCCGUGGCCCGGCGUGGCGCCGGAGAACCCCUCGCGGCGCCGCGACGCCGACGGAGCCGCGCCGGGAGCCUUCCCGCAGCCUCCCGAGGACAUUUCCCGCCGGCUCGGGCUGGGCUGGCGAGCGGCACCGGCGGCCAAGGGGGUGCAGAAGCGGUACGGGGGCUUCAUCGGGGUCCGCAAGUCGGCGAGGAAGUGGAACAACCAGAAGAGGUUUAGCGAGUUCCUGAAGCAGUACCUGGGGAUGUCGCCGCGCUCCAGUGAGUACGACUUGGGCGGCGGCAUCGGAGAGCACAACGAGAUCUAACGGAGACCCCGCGGCGUCCGCCAGGGCCACACAAAAGUCAACCCUCCACCCCCCCACCCCCCCUUCUCUCUCCGCCACAUUCCAUAGGGGCAAUUUAACAAUAAAAAAAAAAAGGAAAAAAGGAAAACAGGGGGCCAAAAGA